CUGGUGGACUACACCAUCAUGGCUGAGCUAAAGGAUGCCAGAUGCCUUAGCGAAGCGCGUGAACACAAUCUUCUGCCGCCUUAGCCGUCAUUCUCUAUCCUGCCUGACCGCAUACACAAUGUCGCUCUGUAACACCUCGCACAUCCAUGGAGCCUCUGAUGGCUGUGUCACUGGCUUCAGCUGUCAUACAAUUGAUUGACGUUUCGACGAAAGUGAUCCAAAAGGACAAAGUGGGCAAAACAUACAAACCCACCGGCACCACCCUAGGAGAGGCUACACUGCUCGAUGACGCCAUCGCUAAUCUCGGCGACUUAUUACAACAACUUGAAAAGGCACGGCGAGUAUACUACAAGUCACACAUAUCUCCUGAUCAGGAAAUUGCAGAUGCGCAACUGAUUGCACUGGCGAAAGAUGGUGGGGGCAGGGCAAGGCUCUUACAGGCCACACUGGAUCAGGCGAAGCGCAACAACGACGUGGACGAGCGGACAGUACUAGCACAAGGACUACGCAGCGUUCUGAACUUGUACUACAGUCAGAAGACGAUAUGUGAUCUUGCGGAUAAACUUGGCUCUAUUCGUAAGCAAGUAGAUGUCGCUCUGCUCGCCUCGCUCCGACAGCAUGCGGUUCGACGGCAUUCAGUUCAUUCAGAGAAAACACAGAUUCCGGCGGACGGAACUACAGGACCCGACAUACUCCUACUCCGGUCUAUCGCGCAUCACGAUUGGAAAACUACGGAAACGGUCGAUGUCUCGGCAUUUUCAAAUGAAUUCGAGAAAUCCGUCGUAAGCAAUGAUAUGGAACGCCGUUUUGCCAGCUUGACGUUGGCGCGCUUGUAUUUCACUGGUCUGCACGAUCGAUACAAGGCGAUUGCUAUUGCACACCCAGGGACCUCGGAAUGGAUAUUCGAUGCAAGUCCCGAUCAGUCCGCUACUGGUGACUUCGACUCCUUUCCUCGGUGGCUCACUGCAACAGGUUGCAGUAAUACGUAUUGGAUCAGUAGCAAGCCGGGUACUGGGAAGAGUACGCUGAUGAAAUUCGUGUCUAGUCACCGUUGCACCACCGCUCACCUGCGCGCCUGGGCCAAGGGAACGAUACUCAUCAAAGGGAGCUUUUUCUUCUCUAGUCUGGGCAACGACAUGCAAAAAUCGCGUAGCGGGCUUCUACGAACCUUGAUCCACUCUGCGCUCAAAGGCAACACGGAGACGCUGGUCCAGGUAUUUCAUCACCGCUGGCAACAAUUCCUUGCUUCUGGUGGAGGUAGACAACCUUUUACAUGGCUUGAGUUGCGUCAGGCCUUCUUCGCAAUGAUCUCAACGCCUAGCAAAUCAAGAUCGUUCUUCUUCACUAUCGAUGGCCUAGACGAACUCGAAGGUGGCCUGAAAGACAUUCUUCAAUUGAUCAAAGACAUAGCCAAAUAUCCACAUGUCAAGGUCUGUAUUGCCAGCCGAUCGUCACCAGAGCUUCUUCGCGCUUUUGCAGGUCAGCCUUGUCUACGCCUUGAACUCUUGAAUCGCCAGGAUAUCUACAAUUACGUCGCGGCCUCACUGUCAGGGUCGCAAGUAUACGACAAGCUCAGCAAAACGGAUCUCAGUCGCGCUACUGAACUGGUCAAAGGUAUAGCUAAGAAGGCAGCUGGUGUCUUUCUCUGGGCAUACAUCGUGGCGCAGUUGUUGCUUGAUGAUCUGUCGCCUACAGCCCGCAUAGGCAGUCUCAUUGCUCGGCUCGAGACAGUACCAUCUGGACUAGAGCAACUAUUCACCAAACUUCUCGGGCGUCUGGACACGGAGCAUCUGAAGCACGCGUCGGAACUUCUCCGUUUGAUGACGAUAAAACCGCGGCCUCUUCUGCUCGAGCUAUGGUUUGCGGAUGGCAACAAUGAUGACGCGACAUUGAGGAACGAGGCCCGACCGCUGUCAGACAAUGAGAUAUUCGAGCGUCUCGAAAUGAUGAAUCGUCGGCUCAUUUCUCGAAGCAGAGGCUUUCUAGAGACAGAGAGCCAGAGCAGAAGUUCAAGAGCUGGACUUUCGAAGGUAUCUCAUGUUAUCUGGACGCACCGGAUAGCCAAAGACUUUGUUCGAUCCCAACGAACAUGGAACAUCAUACUCGACAACACCGGACAUGAUGCAUUCGAUCCUGAAUGGCACUGGGCCAACGGUCAACUAGGUCUAUUUAAGACCGUCGUCGAGACCAUCAGCACCAAGACCUCCCAAUUCCUAUCUUGCGUCGACUACGCACUGCGGCUAGAACAGCGGCUCAACAUUUGCCCAGUCAAGUUUCUAGACGAAGUCGGACGUACUGCGGGGAUCUAUCCGGCUGUAUACGACGAUAUCGUGCCCCGGAAACUCAAAGGAACUGUCAAAAGUUUUUUUGAAUUUGCCGUGCUUUUCAACCUUGCCAGCUACGUUCGUAUCACAGGACUCACGCUACCAAGAGAGAACCUAUUAUAUGCUUCUCGCUUGCUAGGCGGGCUCGAUGCAAAAAAGUGGGAAGUAUUUAUACAGCGUUUUGAAAACCCAGGAAUCUGGAAUGAUGAGUUUGAGGAGAGAAAAAGAGAGAUGCAUCAGGCGAUAGACAUCUUGCUUGAUCGCGGAGGUGGUACAUCAAGGUGGCGAAGAGCGAGGAAGAGACUAUCUGGGCAGAAGAAGACAUGAGUCGUUAUGUGUCGCGUUCGGAUCACCUUCUUGAAAACGACGGGGCAAAUACUACUGGCGCGAUCGUGUUACAUCAUUCAUAAUAUGAGUCGGGAUUGCU